AUGCGAGUGCGGCACCUGCAGUCCCACCUUUCGGAUCAGCACAUGAUCAAGCAAGAACAGCUGGGGAAGCUGUCCGGCUUCCGCAUGGGCAUUGACGCAGUGUUUUGGCUGCGGUCAAUUCAGGCGCUCAAGGACCCCUUUGCCGACGCGAUUGGGGGCGUGCCACCCGGAAUAUUCGGAUUUGUGGACAAGGGUAUCACAGCUGCAAAAGAACAAGGGGGUCGGUCCUUCGGGAUGAAAAAUAUUCUACUACGGGUGCAUCUUUUUUACACACAAGUUUACUAGUUGUGCGGUGCAUGAUCUUAUUCGCAAGAGGACAAGCCUAGCAUUCCGCGCAUGUCAAAAAAUCAAGGUCACGUAGCUUGUGAUGCAACUUCGCCAAAACUGGCACGAAAUUUAGAGCCCCACUUUUGUACUUUGCAUAUCCAAGCUGCAGAACUUCGAGAGGAAAGGGAUAAAGCCGCUGUUUGUGUUUCAAGGAAUGACCCCGCCGGCACAACAGCAGAUGUACAUACACAGGUAUAAUAAGAACGGAUGUACUUUAGUACUUUGCUUUUAUUGGAAACCAGUCCGUUUACUACGCAUGGGCAUAUGUAGUUGACGCUGUCCUAUCCAAGCGUGACAAAGAACUUUUUCCUUGCUAUAGAACCUUGAAUUUACUACACUGUCAAGAACCUCUUUAUCAGGCUGGACUCGCAAAUGGAUCGCGCGUGGAAUUGCCUCGCGAAGGGCCAGCGUUCCGAGGCGCAGAAGUGCUUUGCGGUGUCCACCAGUCGAAUAAAUUCGGACUUUGUCUACUUUCUCUACCACCACCUGAUAUGACAGUGCACAACUCCCCCUCCCCCUCAUUUGUAUAGCAUGAGUGGCAAUACAAGCAUCAGAGAGAGUGCCGGUUUUGCAUCACAGAUUUACACUGGAUUGUGGUGCUAUUUAGGCUACCAGAACUUGUCAUGCAAACAAUGCCAAGGGGCCAAGGGUGGAUUGGGUAUUUUGCAUGACAAAUGAGGGGAAGGGGGGGUAGUGCACUGUCAUACCUCAAGGCAAAAAAUUACGACUGCUUCCAAGCGCCCUACUUUGCGGGUGCGCAGCUCGCCCACUUCGCCGAACAGGGGCUGAUUAACAGCGUGUUCGGGCUAUCACGCAGAAAAAAGCUGGCAGGGCGUAUCUGUAAUGCAAAAAUAAAUACACAGAAGAACUUGCCAUGGGCGGCCCCCUAGCAUGCUGUUUCGGAUAUGCAAUACAGAUUUUUUUGUGUAUUUAUUUAUUUUUGCAUUACAAAUAUGACCUGCCAGCUUUUUUUCGUGGGAUACGGGCCGCCCGGGCUGCUUAUCAGAGUGCACAAGAACUUUUGUACUUCCCUCCUUCGUAUUAUUUGGGCAACAUCUUCUGGACGAGCAGCAGGAGUGACAGAAAGGAUGCAUGCUUCUACUGCAUGACAAACCCACAGCACGGCCCGAACAGUAGUGCAGUUUGGGCUGCUCAUCUAGAAGGAACUUGUAAUGGAAACACGGCCAUCAUCCUCAUCGUCAAAAGGGUCAGAGUUCAAAAUUUGGCUUUUUGCAUGACGAAUGAGGGAGCGCAAGGGCGGGGGUUCUUGUGCUGCACUGUCAUACAGAUUCUGUACGGAAUCGAGAAGUGCGUCAUCCACAUUGAUUUCGGCAAGCAAACCUUCGACUGGCUCGGGCUCGAUGUAAUAUUGAACAAGUGGCAAAUCACCCUGCCGCAGUUCGUGGAUGCGUGCAUGCUGGCGGGAACGGAGUACUGCCUCACCUACCCCUUUUUGAACCAGGACCAGUACAUACAGCAGCAGAGCAACGCCAUGCAGAACAUCGGCGGCAACUCGCGUUUUAACUUCGAGGCCGCAGUGGUGAUCAUAAAGCACGCCCCGCUGGUGAACUGGCUGGAAACGUUUCCGACGUAUCGUACAGAAAAGUAGAGUUGGCAGAGUUCUGCUUGUAAUACAUGCAAAUAUUGGAUGCGUAAAAGCUCCUAGGACAGGAGAUUUAUCUGUGCAGUGAUCAUUUUUGCAUGAGAAUAAAGAACGUAGCAUAUAUAUUAUGCAGCUGCAGCCUGCUGUUUCUUUGCGAUACAACGGAGGAGAUGAAAAACGACCACAUCGAGGGGUACUGCACCUGCAAGGUUUUGAUAAAGCACGGGCCGGUGUGGAACGUACAAACCAACUCGGUGAUGGCCUUGUCGCAGUGCGUCAACAAAAGCACCUUGCGACAGAUAUGAAUUGCAAAAGCAUCGUACAAGUAGUAAUUGCAUUAGAAAUUCCCUCAGCAUGACAAAUGGAAUUUGUCAUGCUGUUUCACCUUGGGAUGAAGAUUUGUAAUGCAUAAUUGCAAUUAGUACUACGAGUGCGAUGCUUUUGCACUGGAUAACAGGCGGUCAACGGCAAUCGGAAUGGGGACGUGAGUGAAAAAGACGACUACGAAUCCCUGGAGCUGAUAAAGGUACCACUACAUAUCAAAUGCAAAAAUUUCAGGGUCUGGAAGAAUGCGAGAUUUGUCAUGCAUAUUUCUCUAGACCCAUGAUUGUCUGUGAUGUAUGCCCUAGCAUUACAGAUUUUUAGAACCCUUCCUGAUGCACCUUCCGCAUGAGAAAUGCCCUGUCCGUGUAGCACAAAUUCUUGCGCUCCUCUUGCUGGUCAUGCAAUGCAAAUUGUUUUAGAGUCCAAAAACAGCAUGACAAGUUGCAAUCUUCCAGACCCAGACACUUUUGCAGUUGAUACUACACAACGACCAGCAACUACACAUUAUUUACCCAGGAGCUGCGCCUUUCUCUUUUAUUACUUACACGACCCACGACUCGCGUGAAGGUGAAUUUUAAGUUGAGGAUGACAAAAAAUCACGAAUAAAUUGCUAUAUUUUUUCAUAAGUAUUAAUUUGAAAAAAAUACCAGAUUCCCUACGAUUUUUCGGCGGUGAUUGGCGAGAUGCUGCCCAACAGCCUGUACAAGCUGAUCUGCGAGGGCAUCGUGUCUUCCAAGCUUCCGCUGGCCCUCGCCCGGGGGGUCUGGUACGACAAAUCUCAGCCCCUGUUGGACAUCAAGGAGUACCGGGAGCUGUUGCUGGACCUGAAGGACUACCGGCAGCGGGCGCUCGGCCUGAUCGCGCGGCACCUGCACCCCAAAUUCCAGUCCAAGCGAAUCACCAUGAAGGCGUACUGGCACCUGUCCGCCGCGAAGUUUCAGCAACAGCAGAUUUUGCAGCUCCAGCAGAAUUCCAUGCUGUUGACGCAAGCGCAAUCGAACCCGACUCUGUACAACCCCGCGCAGAUCUAUCACACUGCACAACUCCCCCUGCUGCUCUCCCUUAUGUGUAUAGCGUGAAUCAGGCAAUACAAGCAUCAGCAAGAGUGCCGGUUUUGCAUGACAGAUUUUUAUCGCUGGAGUGUAGUGCUAUUUGGGCUACCAGAAUUUGUCAUGCAUAAUAGUGACAGGAGGGAAAGCGUGGAUUUGGUAUUUUGCAUGAGAAAUGAGAACGAGGGGGAGUAGUUGUGCACUGGUAUAAGAUCCAAGCCCUGCUCCAGCAACAGGCGGUGCUGCAGCAGCAGAUUCAAAUGAGCAAUGAGGAACAGUUAUCCUGUUUAAAAACGUCCCCACCCCAGCGCUGUCACUAAAUAAAUAAAUUACAGUGGCCACAUAGCAUAUGCGUUUCUCUUCUUGUCGUAGUUCGUUCUCCUCUCGAUUCCUUUCUGAAAAUUCGAAAUUUCUCUGUGCUUUAAAUUUGGUCUUUUCCAGUACAUAAACACCCCAGCGCUGUCAUGCAGAUUUGCAAUUGCAGCAACAUCUGCAAUGCGCGUCCCCAAGGGAGGCAUUUCCAACCGUGUUAACGGCAUUUGUAAUGCUGCAAACAGGAUAAGCACAUGGAUUUGGGAUGCGGCUGUCCUUGCUAACAUGCACUACACUACGGACUGCAACUUGUCAUGCGUGGCUCCCAAAACUUCUGGACUUGUGUUGCUACGUUCCCAACUUGACUAUGGGGUGGGUGCGUUUUUGCAUAUGAUAACAGUUUCUCUCCCCCGAGCUGCGGGAGCCAAUGAAGUGGAGCUUUACCAAGGAGGAGGUGAAGCUGGAGAUGUAUGCAAAGAAAAAAAUAAAGCACACCUAUGAAUACCUAGAAAAAAAACGCAAGAGCUUUGAGUUGCUGAUGUUUUUCGGGCACAAAGUACUUAUUUCUCGCACAGUAAAAAAGUUAAGCUUUGUGAUCAUGCUGAUAAGAUGGACGAAAACCUGUGCACAUUCAACAUGCGUGGAGACAACUGUAAUGCGGAAAUAACACAGACAGAAGCCGCUAUACUUUCGUAGAAGAUAUAAAAAAGAUGGUGCUCUGGGUGUGCGUUUCUGUGGGAUAAAACGAUGCGGCAAAAGACCAACGCGGUGGACUUCGUUUUCUGCCUCAAGUGGCACUAUCCCACAGAAAAACGCUAACCGAUCACGUUUGUAAUGCAAAACUAAGCACGACACAUAUGUUAUAGGUGACCCCAUAGCGUACUGUUUCGGAUGUGCAAUACAGAUUUUGUUCGUGUAUUCAUUUUUGCAUUACAAAAGUGCGACCUUUCCGUUUCUGUUGGAUAACCACGUGCACCUGCAGGAGGAGGCUGGAGCGGCGAACAAGCAGGGUAAAGCCGCCUCGAAACAAGCAUCAACGAAAAACGGCCAGAAGGACCAGCGCGAGGGCUUGCUGAUGCCGAGGAAUAGUGACUACAAGUUGAGACUCCCGGUAUCAAAUGCAAAUAUGUCAUUCUGGGUCUAGAAACUUGUGAUUCAAGAAGGAAGGCAGUAGUGAGCUCACUGUAAUGCGCUGCCAGGCAUGACAAGUUUUUCUCAUGGUUCUGAGUUGCGUAUUUCGCAUGAGAAACAGCGUUUUUGCAUGACAGGGAGUAGGAGCUCUUCGCGGCCGUGCAAUACAGAGUUCAGAGUCAUGCCAGACUAGCAUGACAAAUUCCGGAAUCUUCCAGACCCAGACAUUUUUGCAUUUGAUACCUGGCAGAAGCGGACAAAAAUACUCUCUCCGCCUACUGCCACUUCAUGGUUUUGGAGAAUUUGGACCUCCUCAGCCCCAACGGCGGCAUGACGGUGUUUAUGCAUUGCAAAACCAUCGUACUAGUAUAAAUUGCAUACUCAGCAUGAAAAAUGGAUUUUGUCAUGCUAUUUUAGCGUGCAAAGGAAAUUUGUCAUGCAUAACUGCAACUAGUACGAGUGCGAUGCUUUUGCACAGGAUAGUGUUGGGAAAUGUGCUCCAGGAUAUCGAACAGAAGGAGUAUAGAGGUUUUUGAGAAUGAUAAAAACUAUAGCAGACCGGCCUUGAACAGGAUGACUGUCUGACUGUAGCACGUUUGUGUAGUUGUGAAUUCUGCAUGACAACAUCUACGGAGCGUCGCUUCUCUGUUUCGCAUGACAAAAAAUCGCGCCAUCGACGCUAUCAGGUUCAUCGAGCCCGCCCUCAUUGCUUUGGAGCUGAUGAAGUUCGGGGUUAUGUCUGGCGAAACGUGGGAGCUAUCAAAUGCAAAUAUGUCUGGGUCUGGAAGGAUGCAAGGUCUGUCAUGCACAUUUUGCAUGACUCGUGAUGGCUGUGAUGCAUGCCCUAGCAUCACAGAUUUUGUGACGGCUUCCUGAUGCCUAUACCCCAUGAGAAACGCCCUCUCGCCGUGGCAGAAGCUGGACCUCUUUUGCUGUUCAUGCAAAGCAGAUUUUUGUAGAAUCCAAAUGUAGCAUGACAAGUUGCAAUCUUCCAGAUCCAGACAUAUUUGCCAUCCAUAGGAGCCCGCGGUACCCGAAAAACCGUUUCCGUCGCAAACUGAAUACCCACCAAAAAUACGCUUGGGAAGAAGCUGCGUCUUCGCGCCUGCCUUGCCGCAGCCGUGUUGCAUGAGAAAUAAAUUUUUCUUUAGGCAGUGUACUUGCAUGAGACAUCAAAAAUUCAUCUUCGCAGCUGCAAGUUUGAUAUUGCACGGCGCUCGCGAUAGAAGCGCUUCUUUUUGAAAAUGCAUAGUAGCACCCGGAUUACAAGUCGCACAUCCUGAUCAACCGGGUAAUCAGUCUGGUGCCGAUGUUACCCUGUUGAGAAAGAACGUACUUACCCACCCCAUAAAGCUUGUCAUGCAAAUCCUCAUAUGUGCGAUAAGUUUCUCAUGCGGGAAAAUCCUGCAUGAGAACGACCACGAGAGGCAUUUGAUAGUUCGCACCUUGCCCUUCUACUUGCUUUUGCAGUUGUCGUGCUCUCAUCAGCAAAGGACAGUGGAUUUGUCAUGCACGACCCAUCAUGCUAACUAAGGACGAUUUCGCUGUGGAGACAUCUUCAGAGCGCCGCAGAAAGUUUUCGGCCUUGUGCAGCUGAGUACUACCCUAGAAGUAGUUCGUCUUUACUCACCUUGACCACAGUUGGGUCGCGGGUACAGCGUGUUCUUUCAACGUGAUAGCCAAAACUGCGCAACGAUAUGUGGAACUCGGACGUGAAUUUUGACCUCGCGGGGUUUCACACCCUGAUAAAGAUCCUGAAGCGGUCCCUGCGGCAGCUGUCCGAAAGCUGCCUCGCGUCCCUGCUCCUGCCGCAGCUGGAGUUCACAAACCAGCUACCGAAAGAUUUCAUGUGCGUGACGCAGGAUCGGAAAAACCACUAGGAACUGCAAAAGUAUCGUACUCGUAUAAAUGCGUUACAAAUUUCCUCAGCAUGAGAGAUAAGAUUUGUAAUACGGAUUUACCUUCAGAAAAAAAUUUGUAAUGCAAGACUUGCAUUUAAUAUACGAGUGCGAUACUUUAGCACCGGAUAACCACCUGCAGUACCCCGCGUUGCUACCGGCGUUCCCGCUUCCUAUCCCAGACAAAAGGCGCUAGCAUGUUAUUUGUAAUGCAAAAAUGACUACACAAGGCACACAGCAUCUAUCUUCCGAUGGGCUUCCCCAUGACAGAUCUUUCUGUGUGCGUAUUUUUGCAUUACAAGUGCUAGCCCUUUCUUUCUGUAGCGAUACUCCCACGCGCGUGUUUGGGGAUCAUCUGCAACUUCUUUCUCACCUACGAGGGCGACGUAACGGAGUUCCGUGGAAAACUGGAGGAAAACUUUCAGUGCUGUGUGCAACCCGUGCAGGACCUGGAGAAGGGAAUGCAAUUUUGGUUCCUCCUGAAGCGGGCAGUCGACGUGAUCGCGAAAUCCCUGCCCGGCGCGGAAGACUUGGCGGCGGACAUGGCCGAAGCGACGCGGGUGUUGCGAAAGCAAGCGAGUCGGCUGCACGUGCGGUGUCAGACCGAUGAAGAGGAACGACGCGCGAGUAUCAAAAGGAAAAAUAUUCCCUCCCCAUAUGCUCGAAGCGAAGUUUCUGAUGCGGGAUUUGCGUACACAAAUCAGAUUUUUCUUGCUGGAGAGGACUGCAGACCCGUAUCAAGCCUGAGUAGAGAGGCUUUGGCCUAGGCGCUUAGCAUGAAAAGCGUCUGCGCUGUAGGCCCAACAGCAUGAUAAACCGCCUGCACAAGAAUGCGGCGGGUGUCUGUGGAAUUGCCUUCUUGCAAGGCAGACGCGAUUUCUCGCCACAAAUCAGCAAGACAAACUUUGAAAACAUGCCUUGUCAAUAUGGGGAGGGGGGAUCUUUCUUCUUGAUAGCGGAGCAGGGGGGCUUAAGGAGCAGCAGUGCCAGCAGUUCCGAGGGCGCGCUGUAUGAACGGAUAUGAAUGGCAAAUAUGUCUGGGUCUGGAAGAGUCUAAACUUGUGACGCUGUCUUUGGAUUCUAGAAAAAUUAGUAUUGCAUGACCAGCAAGAGGACUCCAGUUUGUGCUUCGCGGAGAGGACACUUCUCAUGCGAGAGAGGCAUCGCAAAGCCCUCGAAAAAUCUGUGAUGCUAGAGUAUGCAUCACAGACAUCAUGGGUCUUUCAAAAUAUGCAUGACAAACCUGGCAAUCUUCCACACCCAGACAUUUUUGCAGUUCAUAACGGAGGGCAGAAAGCAAGUAA